AGCGCCGGUGUGUGAACGACCUGUCGAAAGGCUAAAUGUCGUAUUUACUUAUUUUAAUUACCCAAGUUUUUUAUGUUUCGACACAAUUUUAAGUUUGGAAUUUUUUCAAAACUGUGUGACGUUAACGGAAAACAAUAAUUCCUGUGAAAUCUAACCAACAGAUCAAAGAAACUAUUUGAAGGCGGUCGCAUCACGUACUGGAAGGGCAAUGUUUGCCAAAAAGAAGAAGAAACCACAAAUAUCUACUCCGACAAAUUUUGAACAUCGUGUACAUACUGGAUUUGAUAAACGCGAAGGAAAGUUCAUUGGACUUCCAUUGCAGUGGGCUUCUAUUGUUGGAAACAAUCAGAUUUUGAAAUCUACAAACAGACCAUUACCCUUGGUGGAUCCAAGUGAAAUUACACCCACGGAAAUUUUAGAUCUGAAAACUAUUGUUCGAGGGCAUAAUGAUCCAAAAGGAAGAACUUCCACCAGUGAGAAAAAUACUGAAAAUGGAUUGCCCAAAACCAGCACAGUUGCUAGAUCUAACUCUCUUCGUUCUUCAAGCCCACCAAGACUCAGAAGGGAUUACAGGCAUAACAGUAAUUUGCCACCAUCUGUGCCAGAAGGUCAAGAAAUACCUUCUAGUACUAAUCAAGUACAAGGAUAUACUAACUUUGGAAAGCAACAUAAUUACCUUGAUAAAAUGAGACAAAAUUCACCCAAUGUUGCAAGCACGUUGCAUCCUAAUGCGCAAAAUAUGAUCCCAAAUCUUCAGAAUCUCAAUCCAAAUAUGCAAUCAUCUCCCAAUUUAACGCAUGUUGGUUCUAAUGCCCAGAAUUUAUCUUUAAAUUUCCAAAACUUGAGUCCCAUUACAACCCCACAAUGUCCUAUGCAAAGUCCUAGUACUCCCCAACUCGUAGAUUCUGAAUUUCAUAGGCUAAAUACUCAGAUGACUACAAGUACGUCUGGACAAUACAAUGGAAACGUUCAGGCUUCACAUAUCGAAACAUCCUCGAGGGAUCAACAAGUAACUCAAAAUACUCUUUUGCAUAAGCUGCAACCUAAAAUUUCACCUGUCGGAUCCAUCGCUUCACAGCGACCGUUGAGCCAAUUGAGUACGCAUAAUGUUAAUAAAUAUUCGCAAGCCUACAGUACGCCAGAAAAUUCAUCCAUUUUGCAAUCUCAUAUAAAAAAACCUAUUGAAACGUCUCAAUCGAUGCAUAAUUUGUCAAAGUCCAAUCUACCGUCCUCCGGAAACAGUUCGACACCUGAUCAAAAUCAAAAUAUGAAGAGUGCUUUAUCUUCGGGAAAUCUAGCAGUCGGUUCAAGUUCGAGUACGACGAACAAACAAACAGCAGAACAGAGACUCACUCAUGAACAAUUUCGAGCGGCUUUACAGAUGGUGGUAAGUCGUGGCGAUCCAAGAGAAAAUUUAGAAAAUUUUCUUAAAAUCGGAGAAGGAAGCACUGGAACAGUAUGUAUAGCGACUGAAAAAAAUACAAAUCGGCAAGUGGCAGUGAAGAAAAUGGAUUUAAGAAAACAGCAGCGGCGUGAACUACUUUUUAACGAAGUGGUUAUCAUGCGAGACUACCACCAUCCGAAUAUUGUCGAAAUGUAUGACAGUUUCUUGGUAGACGACGAAUUAUGGGUCGUGAUGGAAUACCUUGAAGGUGGAGCGCUUACGGAUAUUGUCACGCACUCUCGGAUGGACGAAAGUCAGAUUGCCACAGUGUGUUCUCAAUGUUUGAAACCACUUGCAUAUUUACAUUCUCAAGGUGUUAUUCAUAGGGACAUCAAGUCUGAUUCGAUAUUACUAACGGCCGAUGGUAGAGUUAAAUUAUCCGACUUUGGAUUUUGUGCUCAAGUGUCUCAAGAAUUGCCCAGGCGAAAGUCUCUCGUUGGAACGCCAUAUUGGAUGAGCCCAGAAGUUAUUUCUAGGUUGCCAUACGGUCCUGAGGUAGACAUUUGGUCAUUAGGUAUAAUGAUCAUCGAAAUGGUUGACGGAGAGCCACCGUUUUUCAACGAACCUCCUUUACAAGCUAUGAGACGUAUUAGAGAUAUGCCUCCUCCAAAGUUGAAAAAUUCUCAUAAAGUCAGUCCGCGUCUUCAAGGGUUUUUGGAAAGAAUGCUUGUUCGUGAUCCGGCGCAAAGAGCCACGGCUACUGAAUUGUUACAGCAUCCAUUUCUUAGGCAAGCGCAGAGUCCAAGUAUUUUAAUUCCAUUGAUGAGGGGCUCCAGGCAUACGAACUGCUAAGUGCUGACAAGUUGGUGUAAAAAGACGGGUGUGGUAAUUGAUUUAUUAACACGGACAUAGAUUACAAACGUAAUCGUGUUUACGAUUGUUUUUUUUAGUCUGCUGUUAGAUGGUACAUUUUAGAAUAUAUAGGAUAUAGGAACAUUUAA